AGCUAAACACUCUUUACAAUACAAAUCCCUGUGCACAGCAAGUCAGCAUGUUUGCACACAUGGAGCCGUGCACGCUGGACACUGUAGUCCUGUUCAGUCAAGAGCCACGAGCCACGCCGGACCACACGCCAUGACUUUGUGCACCUGCUUAUUGGUUGAGUGCUUUUACUGAAACGCUGUGAUCUUUUCCUUCUGCCGUUUCAAUGGCUCGUCCUAUGAGAUCGCAUUUCCCAAUCUAGUUUAGAGGAAUACUAUUGGAUUUACUCUCUCCUGGACUGGAAUCGUCCGUUUGCAAUUUAGCGAGUUCACAGGUAAUGUGCCUCUAAUGCGACUGGAGCGUAGGUUGUACAUUAUCCAGUGAUCGCUAUCGUUAAAAUCACUCCUGGGAGGUUGAUUUGAACUUUGCUGAGGGCUCCUGGAAAUGCAGCGAGCCGUGGGGGUCCGUGCGGCCGCCGCGCCUGCGCUGGGCCUGCUGUGCCGAGGCCGCGGCGUGGAUGCGUCGCCCCGGCGGAUGAGCAGGUGGAACGGCCAGGAGACCUGCAACCAACCGCCUCCGCAGGAAAACCCUCGCGUCCUCAUCACAGGUGGCCUGGGGCAGUUGGGUGUGGGGCUGGCACAGUUGCUCAGGAAACAUUAUGGAACUGAAAACGUUAUCCUGUCAGAUAUUAAGAAGCCUCCUCCUCAUGUUUACAGCAGCGGUCCAUUUGUGUAUGCAGAUGUGCUGGACUACAAACGCCUCAGAGAAAUUAUUGUGAAUAACCAAAUCACCUGGCUGGUGCACUACAGCGCCCUGCUGAGCGCUGUGGGCGAGGCCAAUGUGGCUUUGGCACGAAAGAUCAACAUCACGGGUCUUCAUAAUGUGCUGGAUUUGGCCCUGGAGAACUGCCUGCGGCUCUUUGUGCCCAGCACCAUUGGAGCGUUUGGUCCUUCUUCCCCGCGUGACCCGGCCCCUGACCUUUGUGUGCAGAGGCCUCGAACCAUCUAUGGCGUGUCCAAAGUGCACGGGGAACUGAUGGGGGAGUAUCUCCAUCAUAAGUAUGGGCUGGACUUCCGCUGCCUACGUUACCCUGGCGUGAUAUCAGUCAACACACCUCCUGGUGGAGGAACAACCGACUACGCAGUUCAAAUCUUCCAUGACGCUCUUAGCACUGGUCACCACGAGUGCUACCUGCGACCCGACACCCGUCUUCCCAUGAUGCAUAUCUCUGACUGCCACCGGGCCACCGUGGAGUUCAUGCAGACUCCAGAGUGCCAGCUGUCCCUGCGCACCUACAACAUCGCUGCCAUGAGCUUCACUCCAGAAGAGGUGGCUGAAGAAAUCCGCAAGCAUCUUCCUCACCUCAAAGUCACCUAUAAUCCUGAUUCUGUUCGUCAGACCAUCGCAGACAGCUGGCCGGUAAGAUUCGAUGACACCAAUGCACGGAGGGACUGGGGCUGGGCUCCAGCCUUUGGCCUUGAAGAGCUGGUGUCUGACAUGCUGAGUUCCAUUCGAGGCAAGCGGACCAAGGAAGGCCUGCCGGUCAGCUAGCGAAACCCGCACCACAGAGACAGACCAGUGCUGGACCCCCGCCUCCUUUCAGCAUGCAUCUACCAAUAAUACACUUCCUUUCACCUCAGCUGUCGACUAUUAUACUGUGUUACUCUGGAACAUUAGAACAAUGAACCGGGGACUGUUUGUACAGUGGGAAUUUUCAGUCAGAACCUCUCAGUAAACAGUGGACAGUGAGAUGCUGUACACAUGCACAAAAACAUACAUUUCUGACUUUUCAGGGAACAAUAUACUGUCUAACCUACUCUUCAUCUUUGUUGUUUUUAUUUGUUAACAUAUGAGCAUCACUUUUAACAUGGUUACAGCCUGUUUCCUCAGAUGGAAAGAGGCAAUGUAACAAGGUGUAUACGUAACACGUAACCAGGACCAGUUGCACAUUAAGAGCAAGAAUUCUGUUCCACACUUCAAUAUCCAGGGUCAUCUGGAAAGGCUGGCUCAGUCAUCUCUGGACAUUAAUGACAUAUGCAUUCUGGCUGCUAUAUGUUACAAAAUACUUUAAAAUAUAGUCAAAUGAUCUGAACCUUUUUGCCGGCGAGUGCGAGUUUUGGUAUUGUACCAGUACUACCAAUAGCAUAUUAAGCCUUAGUUACUGUAGGUUACUUUAGAAAACAGUGUAUAAAAUGCAGUGUACAUUGAAUUAGACAUUGAAUAAUAAAAACACACUG